AUGACCUCUGGCUCGAACCCUAUGAAUCAAAGACCAGAUAGCAUGGUGGAGGACUUGCUCGAAUUCAAGGACUUCUUGCCGUUUAUGGCCGAGAGUCUGGGGCCCGAGGGGCUCAUCGAGGAGCUCUGCAAGGGGUUCCGACUGCUUAUGGACGCAAAGAAGGGCCUCAUCACGCUCGAGAGUUUGAGGAGGAACGCGGCGAGGCUCGGGCUCGAGGGGAUGGCAGAUGAUGAGCUCUUGGGAAUGCUAAGGGAGGGGGAUUUGGAUGGGGAUGGAGCUCUGGACCAGAUGGAGUUCUGCAUCCUUAUGUUUAGGUUGAGCCCGGAGUUGAUGCAGGGGUCUCAGAGGAUGUUAGAAGAGGCUCUUGGGAUGGAGUUAAGGUCUGUUGUGCUCUAA